UUUAAUCUCCUCAUCCAAGCCUACUUGCGGCGCGUACGCGCUAACGACAUUUAAAGUGACCAUCAAUUUAAUAGUCAUUAGUCUAUCAUUCACCCGACUGACCUCUACCACCGACUCUCUAAGAUGGUUAUCUACCAGGAUACCCACUUCAUUCUUACCCCUCAGGACUCCAGAGUACCAUAACUUAUACUCAUCCACGUUUUUCGCCCUCGAUCCAACUCACCUAGUCUCCUGGACACACGCUAUAUUAAUCUUUCUCUUCUGAAGUAUCUUCGCCAACUCUAUAGACUUACUCGUUAGCGAACCUAUGUUCCAUGACCCGAUUCUCAACCUAUAGGCUCCCUUGCCCCCUCUACCUCCCCUACCUCCCGUCCCACACCCUGACCCGGGCCCCACACUCUGCCCCACUCGUACGUGGGUGCAAGUUAAAAGUUUAAAAAAAUGGUUAUAGGUUAAACGGGACGACCAAAUAGGGCGCCCCGUGCAAUUUUUACCUAAUACGGGCCUUAUAUUAUUGAGUCCAAAGCGCUUCGGGAUGGGCUUGGAGCUUUCGGCUUUCCACUUAACUGAGAGACCAGUACCUCUGAUUAACCGCUUCCUGAAAGUUUCAGAGUAGAGCCAUUUUAAUGGAGAUUUGCCGGCUACCAAGCCAGCCGGCGUUAAUUCAACUCCGGCAGGGUCAAACUGCCGGUGUUCCCUUAAUUAAAACGCCAUCGUUUUGCCCCUAUAUCAGGUGCAGUCUAGGUUACGAAUCGAACACUAAGAAAUCAGAUUCCAAAAAUGAAAUGUUCAUCCUGGGAAUGGGUUUCGUAGGACAAUUCUUGGCCGCAGAUUUGAAUCGCGACGGAUGGGAAGUUACAGGAAGUUGUACUACUACUGCCCGGAAACAGAAAUUAGAGGAAAUGGGGUUCCAUGCUCAUAUAUUUGACGCCAAUGAACCACAACUUGAGGUCCUUGAUAUCGUGAAAUGCCACUCACACCUUCUAAUCUCCAUCCCUCCAGUUUUGGGUGUUGGUGAUCCGAUGCUUCAGCAUAAAGAGCUGCUAAAAGAAAGACUGAAGGAUGGUAACCUCCAGUGGCUUGGUUACUUGUCAUCAACGAGUGUUUAUGGCGACUCUGGUGGUGCAUGGGUUGAUGAAGAGUUUCCACCGAGGUCGAUAACUGAAUCGGCAAAAGCAAGGAUAGCUGCUGAGGAAGGGUGGUUACAUUUGGCUUGUGAUGUGGGAGUCACUGUCCAAAUAUUUCGACUGGGUGGCAUAUAUGGUCCUGGUAGAAGUGCUAUUGACACCAUUCUCAAGCAGGAGUCUCUGUCAAAAGGUCAGAUGAUGAGAUUUUCUAGGCAUUAUACAUCGCGUAUUCACGUUGCUGAUAUCUGCCAGACACUUAAGGCGAGCAUUCAGAGGCCAUCUCCUCGGAAGAUAUACAACGUAGUUGAUGAUGACCCUGCUCCUAGAGAGCAGGUAUUUACGUUUGCUAGGAACUUGGCUGAGAAGAAAUGGCCAGGCCACUUAACUUUAAACAAGUCUUCUGAAGACGCGGCGUCUCUAAAUCCACAGGAAGCAUCAAGGGGAGAGAAGCGAGUCUCUAAUAAACGCAUUAAAUCAGAACUGGGAGUGAGACUGCUUUACCCUACGUAUGAAUCUGGAUUGCGUAGCAUCAUUGAGCACAUGGAGAAUCCAUUUCGCCAAAGUUGAACCAAAGGCUGAUUUAGGAUUUGAACUUUAUGGGUUCAAAUUCAGAAUUCUGUCAUGCAUCUAAUUUAUUGGGUUCAAAGUCUGUUUUUUGCACUUAUUUGAAGAAAUCAGCUAACCAGGGAGAUCUGCUAUGGAUGAGAAGCUGUAGAUCUAGGUUAGGGAGAAGAAAUGUGAUUCGAUAUUUCAGAGGAAGAAGAAGAAGUUGGUUUUCAGUAUCUGUACAUGCAAAUAUAUAAAAUCAACUCUAAUCCUUAACUAGAGUUAAAACUAAAGCUAACUUGAGUUACACUAA